ACUUCACCGACUAGAUUAAUUCUGUAAUUAAAGUUCUAGAGUAAAAACCUGUACGAACUGGACUUUUGACGCAAGUAGUAACGCCUUGUGGAGUACAGAGCGCAGUAUGUGUGAGUGACAAGCCCGGCACCACAGCCGCCCACUCACAGACAAGCUGGGUGACUCUUGAUUGUGUAACGUUCAUUGACGAGACAGCACAAUGCUGCUGAGACCGCGGAGGCGCACUGAGCCGAGCAGAGCAAUGACAUGCUCCCAUCGAGGAGAACACAGAUGGAUAGCCUAGUUCAGCCGCUCGUCGCCCAGUACCUCGCUAUGGGAUGCCAAUCAAAAGAAAACAACCCGAACGAAAGCGUAACGUCGGAAGAAAAGGGAAAGGACGAUGCGAGAGUGACUCCAGGAUGCAGCUCCAGGUCUAGAGUUUCUCCGCCAGGCCGUCCUCACAGGUUCCACAAACCCAGCCCGGCCCAAACCAUCCCCAGUAAACCCAUGAUGUCCCUGGGUCCCCUCACCAAAGGAGGGAGCUGGGAGGAGCUCAUCCAGGCCUGUCUGCAAGCCUUUGACUCAGAUGGUGGUGUUUGUGGGAGCACCCACUUGUUGAACAUCACCCUGACCAUGCACCGUAUCCACAUCUCCUCCAGUGAUCUGCUGGACAAACUCACCGCUCUAUUUAAAACGGCGCUGGACAAUGAGCAGCCAACAGAGUGCCAGAGGAUAUGCUACCUUAUCAGGCAUUGGAUCCAGGAAUUCUGGAUGAUGUUUCGGUUGCACCACAGCUUGUCCGACAGCCUGGACCAGUUCCGGGAGAUGAUCAGUGAGCAGGGACAGGAGCAUCUUUGCUCUCUCCUAGAGACCAAAUGGGUUAAUGAACGGGACUGGUCGUGGAAGGCAAGCCAGAAGAUCAAAGCUAACAGCAGUAAAAAAAGGAAGGUUUCUCUUCUUUUUGAUCACCUGGAGCCCAUCGAGCUGGCAGAGCAUCUUACCUUCCUGGAAUUCAAGUCUUUCUGCCGGAUAUCAUUUGUAGACUAUCAGAACUACAUUCGAAGCUGCUGCAUGAAGGACAUCCCCGUGAUGGAGCGUUCCAUUGCACUGUGUAAUGGUAUCUCCCAGUGGGUUCAGCUGAUGGUGCUGAGCCGGCCGACCGCUCAGCUGAGAGCUGAGGUUUUCACCAAGUUUAUCCAUGUGGCGCAGUGUCUACAUCUUAUGCACAAUUACAACACACUAAUGGCAGUGGUGGGAGGGCUUUGUCACAGCUCGAUUUCCAGGCUGAAGGACACCACCUCCCUUGUACCCAGUGAGGUCACCAAGGUACUGAACGAGAUGACAGACUUGCUGUCCUCUUGCAGAAACUAUGACAACUAUAGACAAGCUUACAACAGGUGCACAGGCUUUAAAAUCCCCAUCAUGGGGGUCCACCUCAAAGAUCUGAUUUCGGUUAAUGAGGCCAUGUCAGACUAUGUGGAGGACAACAAGGUGAAUGUUCAGAAGCUUCAAGCACUCUACAGCCACAUUAAUGAGCUGAUCCAGCUCCAGCAAAUCCCUCCAAAGCUGGAUGCUAACAAGGACCUGGUCCAUCUGCUGACGCUGUCCUUGGACCUUUACUACACUGAGGAUGAGAUCUAUGAACUGUCAUACACCAGAGAACCCAAGAACUGUAAAGCACUUCCAGCCACGCCAUCUAGACCUCCAGUUGUUGUGGACUGGGCACCAGGAGUGGCUCCAAAACCCGACCCCCGAACUAUCAGCAAACAUGUGCAGAGAAUGGUGGACUCUGUGUUUAAGAACUACGAUCACGAUGAGAACGGCUUCAUUUCUCAAGUGGAAUUUGAGAAAAUCGCUACUAGCUUUCCAUUUUCCUUCUGUGUCAUGGACAAAGAGAAGAAAGGCCUCAUCAGCAGAGAGGAGAUCACAGCCUAUUUCAUGCGGGCCAGUGUUAUCUGCUCCAAACUGGGUCUUGGCUUUGUCCACAACUUCCAGGAGACCACUUACAUGAAACCUACCUUCUGUGACAACUGCUCAGGAUUUUUGUGGGGUGUCAUCAAGCAAGGCUACAGAUGCAAAGACUGCGGAAUGAAUUGCCACAGGCUGUGCAAGGACCAGGUGGCAUUUGAGUGCAAGAAGAACGCCAAAGUGAUCAACGCCAAUGACAGUCCGACACUAAGCUCCACGCCUGUCACCAUGGGUACCUCAGAGGGUUCAGAAGAAUGUCCUUUCCCAUACCCGCCAGAUGACAGCAAAGACUGGAGCCCAGUCAUCUCCUAUUCAAUGUCUCAGAGAGUCCACUGUGGCACCCAGACAGAAGGACCCCAACUUUCCUCUGCAGCCCCCGAGUCCAGCCGCCUUCAGCCUUCUCUGCUGGUCCCAGCAGCCCCCACCCUUACCUCAUGUCCCAGCCCAAUGCCACAGAGAAAACAGCGGCACUGUGCCAAGUGGGAAAACAGAGCUUCUGUUGCGCAAAAGCCUAAAGAGUUAGAAGAGGAGAACAAACCCAACCAUGAAUCUCUAGAAUCAGACAACCAGAUGCUCCAGAGAGCCAAUGAGACACUACGUAGGAAGCUGAAGGAGGCAGAGCGGGAGGUGGAGAUGCUAAAGACACUGCUCAAAAGGCACGCUCUCCACCCUGUGGAGGAGGACUCCUCCUCAUAGACACAUACACACACUGGACCUCCUCUACGGAGGUGGUGCUGCCCCCCUAUGGUGACAUGUAUAUAUCUGGAUCCAAUGUUUAAGUUAUUGGUCAUGAACAGUGCAAUUAUUUUACCAGUUUAACAACCUAGGCAAUUUGGUAUAAAGCGGGAUACAGUGCACCAAGCCAGUGAAGGUGUUUUAAUGCUAAUGGUA